AUGGAAUCUUGUACGAAAGAGCAAGAAGAGCAGCUAUUACAAGAUGAGAAGUUUAUUUAUUCAUCUGCUAAUAUCAGAAUGGGAUACCCAGAUAUGAUAAAGAUUGGAGAUUCAACACUUGGCCACUUUGAAUACAUCCAGAUUAAUGUUAAUAAACAAACGGAGAAAGAGAUAAUGAGAAUUCCCUUUUGAAGCAAUGCCUUUAUUGUAACAAAUUUCAAGAUGGAUCAAAUAAAUUGGCAGAAUAAUAUUAAAACUGCAAUUACUAAUCUGAGAAAGAGAAAAAUACUUAGCUUUGAAAUAAAGGGGUCUCAUAAUAAAAUUUUAACUCAAGUUGUGAACCAUAAGAUAAGUCGUGCUCUGAGCUUAACUCAUCAAUGAUUAAAUAGAUGAUUCUUUGAAGGGCUUAUUCUCAAGCAAAGACAUUUACUCAGAAUAUUUUCUUGUUGUGACAGAGUAAAGAGAUUGUUCAUAAGUUGAUGCAAGCUUGAAGAAAUAGUAAAACCUUAUUCAUUUCAAAACAAUUCUCGUUUAAAAAUAUUUGGAAUUGAUAAAAUUACAACUCUCACUGGAGAAGAUUGGUCAGUCGAUGAUGGAAUCCUAUCAUCAAUCCUCAAGUUGAUUAAUAUCUCAUCUUUAAAGAAGUCAGUCAACCAAAUUUCUAUCGGCAAAGGCUUAGACCAUGACAAAGUGAUGAAACUACGCAAAGAUACCGACCUCGAGAACAUCUAUUUCCACAUAAACUAAGCCAUAAAAAUUCACCUAAUAAUCCCCUUAAUACAUACUUUCA